AUGCAGAAAAUGGCAUUAUCCCUUCGCUCGAUACUGGCCGGCCUGGUCUUGCUUCCUCUCACACAAUCACGGCCCACAUCAGGAUACAUUUCUGCUGCAGCAUCUACACAUGAGUCCGGCGGCGAAGAGCACAUUGUCAUCGUCAACAAGAACGCCCCAGUCACACCACAGGUAGCCCAAGUGCUCCGACGCCUCGAUCUUCACGAAUCGCACCCCGAUGUCCGCCAUAUCUUCAACAACAGCGCCUUCCAAGGCUUCGCCGCAUCCAUGAAAUCCCACUGUCUAGACCUCCUCGCCAACAUGUCAGACAUCUCUCAUGUCGAAAAGACCAUAUCCAUCAGCCAUGCAAGCAUUCCAACCACAAUGGACGUCCGACCCAACGCUCCUUGGGGCCUUCAACGCAUCUCCACCGCCAAUACCAAAUUCAGCGGCAGUCCCUCAGCAAUGGACUACACCUACACUUACACAGACUCCAACCUCGGCUCCGGUUCCGACAUCUACAUCCUCGACACAGGCGUCUACACAGCCCACAACGUCUUCUCCAACCGCGCAAAAAUGCUCUGGUCCUACGACAACGAUCUCUCCGACCAAGACGGCCACGGAACCCACGUUUCCGGCACAGCAGCAGGCAACAUCCUCGGAGUCGCCAGUAACGCCAACAUCUUCGGCGUCAAGACGUUAUCUUCCGAUGGAUCUGGAUGGUCCUCGAACGUCGUAGCAGGAAUAGAUUUCGCAAUCAAUAACCACGAAGCCCGCUCCAACGACCAAACCCAUUCCGGCUCAGUCAUAAGCAUGUCUCUAGCAUCAUCCUCACCAGUCGACGCCAUAAACGCCGCCGUCAGCGCCGCAAUUUCCCGCGGAAUCCACGUUUGCGUCGCAGCGGGAAACUCGGAUACAGAUGCGUGUUCCUCCUCACCAGCAGCUACCGGAGGUUCACAAGGCGGCGCAAUCACAGUGGGAGCAGUAGACAUCACCAACAGACCCGCGUCGUUCUCGAACUACGGGUCUUGUGUAGAUGUCUAUGCUCCGGGCGUCAAUGUGAUUUCAUCGUGGAUCGGUGCUCCAAACAUGGUCAACAGUUUGAGUGGGACUUCGAUGGCCACCCCUCACGUCACGGGAAUCAUAGCUUACGCUAUGGCUGCGAACAGGACUAUGGCUAGGAAUCCUGGACUGAUGAAGGAAUGGGUGAGAAUGCAGGCUCUGGAUGCAGGAAAUGGGAUUAUGGUUGCGAAUAAUGGUGUACAAGGACCGUAUCAGAUUCAGAAGAGAGAACAGGUGGGGAAGGAGGUGAGCCAGAGCAAGAUCAACCCGCCCAAUGCGUUGUAGUUGUCACAAAGUUGCCUCUUAAAGUUUUGAUGUUGUCAUUCCGUUUCAUAACGCCAUGCUGCCUGGGUAUUCGUAGAAAAAGCUGACCUCCAGGAGCAGCAUAUUGAAUCCCAAGUCGUGUAGGUCGCUCGUCGUUCCUUCUAUCAAGCUUUAGCUUGAAAGUCCUGCUUUAGCUUGAGAGCCCUGCUUUUCAUUAUCGCUGCUCUCCGAACGUUGCUUCUCCAUGGCCACCUCAAAGCCUGGCGCGUCUGGACUUCGCGGGUUCUUGGUAGUACCGUGGUAAACCUCGACAUAGAAGCGCAGAGGAGCCUGCUUGUCAUUACCGGGCCAGACCUCAAUGAUGUCUCCAGUAUGAAUCUUGCCGUAUAGCUGUUUGCCCACCUCACCUUUGUCCAGCUGAAAGCCAUUGAUCUUCACACCGUUACUACCGUAUGUGACGAUACCGCAAUACAACCCCUUGAUCGAAUCGAGCUCUUCUUCCGGUCCGGACGCCUUGCUCAGAUCCGAAGCAUGGAAGAAGAUUGUAAGGCACUCCUUGGCUAUACGAAUAUCGUUCUUAUCGGGAUGAGUGUAUGUGCACCGAGAACUUCGGCCAUAUGUCGUGACUGUGGUGUGCAAAUCCAGGACCAAGUCCGGUGCUGAUCCUUGCGUCGAAAUCAGCCUGCCGAAAC